AUGACAAUGGAAAGGAGGAUAAAGUUAAAGGCAUUAAACAGUCACAUUACUUGCAAAAUAUGUCGGGGCUACUUCAUCGACGCGACCACGGUCACCGAGUGUCUUCAUACGUUCUGUAAGAGCUGCUUAGUGAAACAUUUGGAGGAGAACAACACAUGUCCAACAUGCGACAUAGUGAUACACCAGUCCCACCCAUUACAGUAUAUCAGCUUCGACCGGACAAUGCAGGAUAUAGUGUAUAAGUUAGUGCCAGACUUGCAGGACAAUGAAAUAAAACGUGAGCGUGAUUUCUAUCGAGCUCGCAAUCUGCCUUGCCCCAAGGAUGCGGCCCUGGCUGCGGACAAGCCCGGAGCCGAUGAACCUGAACAGCCAGAUAACACUGACUGUCAUAGGAAAGAUGAACAGGUGAAUGUAUGCCUGGAGUGCAUAUCAACGUCGCUACGGACACUGAAGCGCAGCUUCAUCCGGUGCUCAGCACAAGCCACGAUCACACACCUCAAGAAGUUUAUAGCUAAAAAAGUUUUAAGCGGAAUGGAGAAGUAUAGAGAAAUUGACAUUCUAUGCAAUGACGAAUUAUUAGGCAAGGACCAUACGUUAAAGUUUGUGUAUGUGACGCGGUGGCGAUUCCGAGACCCUCCACUGAGACUGCAGUAUAGGCCUAAGAUUGACUUGUAG